UUCACCAUCCACUCAUGUAACCACAAGCAAAGGAGGCAUUGGCGCUCCGCGGAAAACGCGUUUACUUUUUAAUUUUCUUUUUUUAGUUUGGCAUGGAAUAAUCUGAGCAGAGCCGACAGUUCCAGGGUUUUUUUUCUCCAGGAGCGGCGGAUUCUGGUGGCAUGGUGUGGUGAAAUCGAGACCUCAGUGUAGACAGACAGAGGUUACACUGUGCAUCAUGUUUGAAUGCCGAUAAUCAAUUAGAAAUAUAGCCUACAUGACUGUGCUGCUGCACUGCCUAUAGCCGCGCCAGGCUGUAGCAAGUGUCUUUUAUUAUUGUUCUUUUUAUUAUUAUUAGAGAAGCCCAUCCACGGCGUUCACUGUGCAGGACUGAGGGUGCAGUUGAACGGACAGUCGCACCGGGCCAUUGAAGGGGUUCGGAUGAGGUGGUUGAUCGGUUUGUUUGGUUUUAGAAAUUUAGCCAACUUUUCCUCCAUUCCUUUCUAACAGCAGUGCCAUCGGGCAUUGCUCAGGAGAUGGCGAUGAGGUUGUUCUACAUGGGAUUUAUACUCUGCUUGGAGAUCAUAUCUCCUACCAGAGCAAUCGAAGCUCCCAAGACCUGCAGCCCUAAGCAGUUUGUAUGUAAGGACCAGGUGACCUGUAUCUCCAAAGGCUGGCGCUGCGAUGGAGAAAAGGACUGUCCAGAUGGCUCAGACGAGUCACCAGAUAUCUGUCUACACAACAGAGUGAACCAGUGUCCUGUCAAUGAGCAUGGCUGCCUGGAUUUGGAUGUGUGUAUCCAUAUGAGCAGGCUGUGUGACGGAGUUCCAGACUGCUCUGAUGGCUGGGAUGAAGGGCCUCACUGCAGAGAGCUUGCGCCCGGCUGUGCCUCCCAUGGCUGCCAGUACAACUGCUCCGUGACACAUGAAGGGCCCAAGUGUUACUGCGGCAACGGCUAUGAGGUCGCUCCAGAUGGAAAGACAUGUAAAGAUUUCAAUGAGUGCAGUGUGUAUGGGACCUGCAGUCAGACGUGCACCAACACCGAGGGCUCCUACACCUGCAGCUGUGUGGAGGGCUACCUGCUGCAGCCAGACAACCGUUCAUGCAAGGCCAAAAACGACCCAGUGGAUCGGCUGCCCAUGCUAUUGAUCGCUAACCUCCAUGACAUCCGCUGCACUUCCUUAAGUGGCUCCACAUCCCGACUGCCCUCCAUCUCCACCAAGCAGACCAUGGCUAUGGACUUCAUCUACGCCCAGGAGACCGUCUGCUGGAUCGACGUGGGCGACACCCCCGCUGCCACGCAGUUGAAGUGUGCCAACAUCCCCGACCUUAAGGCCGUCACUGACAUCCGCACCAUCAACAUCUCCUUGAGCCUGCACCAUGUGGAGCAGAUGGCUAUUGACUGGCUGACCGGAAACUUCUACUUUGUGGAUGACGUGGACGACCGGGUGUUUGUCUGCAACAAGAACGGCCAGACAUGUGUGACCCUGCUGGACCAGGAGCUGUACAACCCCAAGGGCAUUGCCCUGGACCCGGCGAUGGGCAAAGUGUUCUUCACAGACUACGGCUCCACGCCCAGGGUGGAGCGCUGCGACAUGGACGGUCAGAAUCGCACCAAGCUGGUGGACAGUAAGAUUGUGUUCCCUCAUGGUAUCACCUUGGACCUGGUCAAUCGGCUGGUAUACUGGGCUGACGCCUACUUGGACUACAUUGAGGUGGUGGACUACGAGGGCAAGAACCGGCACACCAUCAUCCAGGGCCUGCUGAUUGAGCAUCUAUAUGGUUUGACUGUGUUUGAGAACUACCUGUACGCCACAAACUCAGACGAAGGCAACCUCAACCCCAAGACCAGCGUGAUCCGAGUCAACCGCUUCAACAGCUCUGACUUCCACGUGGUGACGCGGGUGGACCGUGGUGCUGCCCUGCAUGUGUACCACCAGAGGCGCCAACCUCCAGUGCGCAGCCAUGCUUGUGCGCUGGACCAGUUUGGGAAGGCCGGAGGCUGCUCUGACAUCUGCCUGCUGGGCAACAGCCACAAGACUCGUACCUGCCGCUGUCGCUCCGGAUUCAGCCUAGGCAGCGAUGGCAAAUCCUGCAAAAAACCGGACCACGAGUUGUUCUUGGUGUAUGGGAAGGGUCGUCCUGGAAUCAUCAGGGGCAUGGACAUGAAUGCCAAGGUGCCUGAUGAGUACAUGAUUCCCAUUGAGAACCUGAUGAACCCCAGAGCUCUCGAUUUCCACGCUGCCAGUGAAUUCAUCUACUUUGCUGACGCCACCAGCUACAUCAUUGGCCGACAGAAGAUCGAUGGCACAGAGAGAGACACUAUACUGAAGGAAGGGAUCCACACAGUGGAGGGUAUAGCCGUGGACUGGAUGGGUGGUAAUCUGUACUGGACAGAUGACGGACCUAAGAAGACCAUCAGUGUUGCCAGACUAGAGAAGGCCUCUCAGACCCGCAAGACGCUCAUCGAGGGCAAGAUGACCCACCCUCGUGCCAUCGUGGUCGACCCCCAGCAUGGAUGGAUGUACUGGACGGACUGGGAAGAAGAUCCCACAGAGAGCAACAGAGGGAAGAUCAAGAAAGCUUGGAUGGACGGCUCCCACCACCAGGUGCUGCUCACCAGCAAGACGGUGCUGUGGCCCAAUGGCCUGAGUCUGGAUAUUCCCCAGGGGAUCCUCUACUGGGUGGAUGCUUACUAUGACCGCAUUGAGAUGAUUUACCUCAACACCACAACUCGCAAGGUGGUGUAUGAGGGACAGGAGCUGAACCAUGCUUUUGGCUUAUGCCAUUACAAGCAAUUUCUGUUUUGGAAUGAGUACCGCGGUGGCAGCAUCUACAAACUGGACCAGGUCACCAAGACAGUCACCUUGCUCCGCAACGAGAGGCCGCCCAUCUUUGAGAUCAGAGUCUAUGAUGCACACCAGCAGCAAGGUUCCAAUGCGUGUCGAGUCAAUAACGGUGGCUGUAGCAGUCUGUGCCUUGUGAUCCCUAACGGCAGGUCCUGCGGCUGUGCUGACGAUCAAAUCCUGGAUGUUGAUAAUGUGACCUGCAAAGCCAACCCCUCCUACGAGCCCCCGCCCCAGUGCCAGCUCGGGGAGUUUGCCUGCAAGAACAACCGCUGCAUCCAAGAGCGAUGGAAGUGUGACGGGGACAACGACUGCCUGGACAACAGCGAUGAGGCCCCCGAGUUGUGCCACCAGCACACCUGCCCGACCGACAGAUUCAAAUGCCAGAACAACCGUUGUAUCCCCCUGCGCUGGCUCUGUGACGGCGACAACGACUGCGGCAAUGAUGAAGAUGAAUCCAACACCACCUGCUCUGCUCGCACAUGCCCACCCAACCAGUACCCGUGUGCCAGUGGCCGCUGCAUCCCCAUCUCCUGGACCUGUGACCUGGAUGAUGACUGUGGGGACCGCUCCGACGAGCCGGACUCCUGUGCCUACCCCACCUGCUUCCCUCUUACCCAGUUCACCUGUGCCAACGGCCGCUGCAUCAACGUCAACUGGCGCUGUGACAACGAUAACGAUUGUGGGGAUAACAGUGAUGAGGCAGGCUGCAGCCAUUCCUGCUCCAGUGUCCAGUUCAAGUGUAACAGUGGCCGCUGCAUCCCAGAGUACUGGACCUGCGACGGAGACAACGACUGUGGAGACUACAGCGAUGAGACCCACGCCAACUGCACCAACCAGGCUACUCGUCCUCCAGGCGGGUGCCAUGUAGAUGAGUUCCAGUGUAGGAUGGACGGCCUUUGCAUUCCCAUGCGCUGGCGCUGUGACGGGGACACAGACUGUAUGGACCUGAGCGAUGAGAACAACUGCGAAGGCGUCACCCACAUGUGUGACCCGGCCGUCAAAUUCAGCUGCAGAGACUCUGCUCGCUGUAUCAGCAAGGCCUGGGUGUGUGAUGGUGACAGUGACUGUGAGGAUAAUUCAGAUGAGGACAACUGCGAGGCAUUGGUGUGCAAAUUGUCUCACCACGUGUGUGCUACCAACGACUCCAUCUGUCUGCCUGCUGAGAAGCUCUGCGAUGGCACUGACGAUUGUCCAGACGGCUCUGACGAGAAACUUUGUGACCUGUGUGCACUUGACAAUGGUGGCUGUAGCCACAACUGCAGCAUCAUCCCCGGAGAGGGUUUCAUGUGCUCCUGCCCCCUGGGCAUGGAGCUGGGAGCCGACAACAAGACCUGUCAGAUCCAGAGCUUCUGCGCCAAACACCUCAAGUGUAGCCAGAAGUGUGAACAGGAGAAGGCCAGCGUCAAGUGCUCUUGCUAUGAAGGCUGGGAGCUGGAAUCUGACAUGGAGAGCUGCAAGAGCACUGAUCCGUUCAAGCCCUUCAUCAUCUUCUCCAACCGCCAUGAGAUCAGGAGAAUUGAACUCCACAAAGGGGAAUUCAGCGUGCUCGUACCAGGCCUGAGGAACACCAUUGCCUUGGACUUCCACCUCAACCAGAGCACUCUGUACUGGACUGACGUGGUGGAGGACAAGAUCUACCGUGGGAAACUAUCCGAAAAUGGAGCCCUGACCAGUUUCGAGGUGGUGAUCCAGUACGGACUGGCUACCCCCGAGGGCCUGGCUGUGGAUUGGAUAGCAGGGAACAUCUACUGGGUGGAGAGCAACCUGGACCAGAUCGAGGUGGCCAAGCUGGAUGGGACCAUGAGAACCACCCUGCUGGCUGGAGAGGUGGAGCACCCCCGAGCCAUCGCCCUGGACCCACGUGAUGGUAUCCUCUUCUGGACCGACUGGGAUGCCAGUCUGCCCAGGAUUGAGGCGGCGUCGAUGAGUGGGGAAGGCAGGCGCACCAUCCACAGGGAGACAGGCAGCGGUGGCUGGCCCAACGGACUCACUGUUGACUACAUGGAGAGACGCAUUGUGUGGAUUGAUGCCAGGUCGGAUGCUAUCUACUCUGCUCUCUACGAUGGUUCUGGGCUGAUUGAAGUUUUGCGGGGUCAUGAGUACCUGUCCCACCCCUUUGCCGUCACAAUGUAUGGAGGUGAAGUCUACUGGACUGACUGGAGGACCAACACGCUGGCCAAAGCCAACAAAUGGACAGGAAGCAAUGUCACUGUGGUCCAGCGCACCAACACACAGCCUUUUGACCUGCAGGUUUACCACCCAUCCAGACAGCCCCAAGCUCCCAACCCGUGUGCCACCAGUGACGGGAAGGGCCCCUGCUCCCACCUGUGUCUCAUCAACUUCAACCAGACGUUCUCCUGUGCCUGCCCUCACCUCAUGAAGCUGCAGCCUGACAAGCGCACUUGCAAAGAGUCCCGCAAGUUCCUCCUUUAUGCUCGUCAGAUCGAGAUACGGGGAGUGGACAUCGACAACCCUUACUACAACUACAUCAUCUCCUUCACCGUGCCGGACAUCGACAACGUGACGGUGGUGGACUACGACGCCGUGGAGCAUCGCAUUUACUGGUCAGACGUCCGCACCCAGACCAUCAAGAGAGCUUUCAUCAACGGCACCGGCGUGGAGACCGUUGUGUCUGCCGACCUCCCCAAUGCCCAUGGGCUGGCAGUCGACUGGGUGUCCAGGAAUCUCUUCUGGACCAGCUACGAUGCCAAUAAGAAGCAGAUCAAUGUGGCCAGACUGGACGGCUCUUUCAAGAAUGCUGUCAUCCAGGGGCUGGACAAGCCCCACUGUCUGGUGCUGCACCCUCUCCUGGGGAAGCUCUACUGGACAGAUGGGGACAACAUUAGCAUGGCUAACAUGGACGGUAGCAAUCGCACCACACUCUUCACCAAUCAGAAAGCACCAGUAGGCCUUUCUAUUGACUACGAAAAUGAGCAACUCUACUGGAUCAGCUCAGGCAACAGCACCAUCAGCCGCUGUAAGCUGGAUGGGUCUAAGCUGGAGAUCCUGGAGGGGGUUAAAGGCAAACUGACAAAAGCUACUGCACUGGCUAUCAUGGGAGAUAAGCUGUGGUGGGCAGACCAGGGAACUGACCAGAUAGGAACCUGUGACAAGAAGGACGGUGGUAACUGGAAGGUUCUGCGAAACAACACCUCCCCCAUGAUGCACAUGAGGAUAUAUGAUGAGGAUGUGCAAAAAGCGGGUGUCAACCUGUGCAGCAACAACAACGGAGACUGCUCCCAGCUGUGUCUGCCCACCUCGCCUACCACCAGGGCCUGCAUGUGUACCGCCGGAUACAGCCUCAAGUCGGGACAGCAGUCUUGUGAGGGUAUGGGCUCUUUCCUGCUUUACUCUGUCCAUGAGGGAAUCAGAGGGAUUCCACUGGACCCGGCAGACAAGUCUGAUGCUCUGGUGCCCGUGUCUGGCACCUCUCUGGCCGUGGGCAUUGACUUCCACGCUGAGAACGACACCAUCUACUGGGUGGAUAUGGGCCUGAGCACCAUCAGCAGGGCGAAGAGAGAUCAGACGUGGAGAGAAGACGUGGUCACGAAUGGCAUCGGCAGGGUGGAGGGCAUCACGGUUGACUGGAUAGCAGGAAAUAUUUACUGGACUGACCAGGGUUUUGAUGUGAUCGAAGUGGCCAGACUGAAUGGCUCCUUCCGCUAUGUGGUCAUUUCCCAGGGCCUGGACAAACCCCGUGCCAUCACUGUCCAUCCGGUGAAAGGGUAUUUGUUCUGGACAGAAUGGGGUCAGUAUCCUCGCAUUGAGCGCUCUCGGUUGGAUGGCACCCAGAGGUUGGUCAUGGUCAAUGUCAGCAUCAGCUGGCCCAACGGCAUCUCCAUUGACUACCAGGAGGGUCUGCUGUACUGGUGCGACGCCAGGACCGACAAGAUUGAGCGUAUCAACCUGGAAACCGGAGAGAACAGGGAACUGGUGCUGGCCAACAACAACAUGGAUAUGUUUGCUGUGUCUGUCUUUGAGGAAUAUAUCUACUGGAGUGAUAGGACUCAUGCCAAUGGCUCCAUCAAGAGAGGCAGCAAAGACAAUGCUACAGACUCCGUCCAACUCAGGACUGGCAUCGGUGUGCAGCUGAAAGACAUCAAGGUUUUCAACAGAGCCAGGCAGCAAGGCACCAACGUCUGCAAAGACAACAACGGUGGCUGUGAACAGCUGUGUCUUUACCGUGGCAACGGCGAGCGCACCUGCGCCUGUGCCCAUGGCAUGCUGGCCGAGGACAACAGCAGUUGCCGCGAUUAUGACGGCUACCUGCUGUACUCGGAGCGCACCAUUCUGAAGAGCAUCCACCUGUCGGACGAAACCAACCUGAACGCUCCAAUCAAGCCCUUCGAAGACCAGGACCACAUGAAGAACGUCAUCGCCCUCAGCUUUGACUAUCAUGGAGGCGGAGGGAAGGGAGCCAACCGCAUCUUCUUCAGCGACAUCCACUUUGGCAACAUCCAGCAGAUCAACGAUGAUGGCACCGACCGCAAAAUUGUGGUGGACAAUGUAGGGUCAGUUGAGGGCCUGGCGUAUCAUCGUGGUUGGGAUACACUCUAUUGGACCAGCUACACGACGUCCACCAUCACCCGGCACACUGUGGACCAGAGCCGCACAGUUGCGUAUAACCGCAACACUGUGGUCACUAUGUCUGGCGACGACCACCCCAGAGCCUUUGUGCUGGACGAAUGUCAGGAUCUCAUGUUUUGGACCAACUGGAAUGAGCAGUCUCCCAGCAUCAUGAGGGCCUCUUUGAAUGGAGCCAAUGUGCUUGUGAUCAUUGGCAGCGACAUUAAAACUCCCAAUGGCCUGGCCAUAGACCACCGCGCCGAGAAACUCUACUUUUCGGAUGCCACGCUGGACAAGAUUGAACGCUGCGAAUACGAUGGCAGCAGCCGUUAUGUGUUGCUGAAGAAUGAGCCUGUCCAUCCAUUUGGCCUGGCUGUGUAUGGAGACUACAUCUUCUGGACGGACUGGGUGAGGAGGGCUGUGCUGAGGGCUGACAAAUACACAGGAGGAGACAUGAAGGUGCUGCGCGCUGACAUCCCCCAGCAGCCAAUGGGCAUCAUUGCUGUGGCUAAUGACACCAACAGCUGUGAAUUUUCUCCUUGCCGAACAAAUAACGGAGGCUGUCAAGACCUGUGUCUGCCCACGUCAGACGGACGGGUCAACUGCAGUUGCCGUGGAGACAGGCGACUUCUGGAGGACAAUACCUGUUCAGCCGUGAACAUAUCAUGUGGAAGCAUGGACGACUUUGAGUGUGGCAAUGGGGACUGUAUCAACUACAGCCUGACCUGUGAUGGUAUGGCCCACUGCAAGGAUAAGUCUGAUGAGAAGCAGUCCUAUUGUGUCAAUCGCAUCUGUAAGAAAGGCUACAGACGCUGCUUUAACGGACGCUGCAUCGGUCACAAGUUCUGGUGUGAUGGCACGGACGACUGUGGCGACCACUCGGAUGAAAUAGCCUGCAAUUUGACGUUGUGUAAACCGGAAGAGUUCCAGUGCAUCGAUGGAAGCUGUAUCUCCAACCACAGCCGCUGCGACCAGGUGGUCAACUGUGACGAUGCCAGUGAUGAAAUGAACUGCCAACCCACUGACUGCUCCCGUUUCUUCCGCCUCGGAGUAAAAGGCGCUUCCUUCCAGAGCUGUGAGAAAACCACCCUCUGCUACCUGCCCUCUUGGGUGUGUGACGGUAACAACGACUGUGGAGACUUCUCAGACGAGAGGAACUGCCCAGAUAAAAGGAAGCUUAAGUGUCCAGUCAACUUCUUUGCGUGCCCCAGUGGUCGCUGUAUCCCCAUGAGCUGGACGUGCGAUAAGGAGAAUGACUGUGAGAACGGAGCUGAUGAGACACACUGUGACAAGUUUUGUACGUCCACCCAGUUUGAGUGUGGGAACCACCGUUGCAUCUCCAGCCACUGGGUGUGUGACGGCUCCGAUGACUGCGGUGACGGCUCUGAUGAGGACCAGAAGUGCAAAUCCAAGACCUGCAGUCCUGAGGCUUUCCAGUGUCCAGGCUCCCAUAUGUGUGUGCCUCAACGCUGGAAAUGCGAUGGGGACAAGGACUGUCCUGAUGGAGCAGAUGAGAGCGUCAAAGCCGGCUGCAUGUACACCAACAACACUUGUGACGUCGCAAAUGAGUUUAUGUGCCAGAACAGAGAGUGCAUCCCCAAGCACUUUGUGUGCGAUCAUGACAUCGACUGCUCCGAUGGCUCAGACGAAUCCCCAGAAUGUGAAUACCCAACGUGCGGUCCGGACGAGUUCCGCUGUGCCAACGGCCGCUGCCUCAACCAGAAGAACUGGGAGUGUGACGGAGAGUUUGACUGUCAUGAUCGUUCUGAUGAAGCCCCCAAGAACCCCCGCUGCACUGACUCCGAGAGGAAGUGCAAUGAAUCAGCUUACAUGUGUCACAAUGGCAAGUGUCUUAAUGAGACGCUGCUGUGCGACCGCAACGAUGACUGUGGCGAUGGCUCCGACGAGCUCAACUGCUUCAUCAACGAGUGUCUGAACAGCAAGCUGAGUGGGUGUUCACAGCUCUGUGAUGACCUCAAGAUUGGCUACAAGUGCAGGUGUCAUCCUGGUUUCCAGCUGAAGCGGGAUGGGAAGACAUGCGUGGAUAUAGACGAGUGCACAACGAGCUACCCCUGCACUCAGCGCUGCAUCAACACACACGGCAGCUUCCACUGUCUGUGUGUGGAUGGCUUCGAGCUCAGCCCCAACGACCCCACCGUCUGCAAGUCCACGUCAGAGGAGGAGCCCUACCUGAUCUUUGCCAACCGUUACUACCUGAGAAAACUCAACCUGGAUGGUUCCAACUAUACUCUUAUCAAACAGGGUCUGAAUAAUGCAGUGGCACUGGAUUUCCACUAUGCAGAGCAAAUGAUCUACUGGACAGAUGUGACCACGCAGGGCAGCAUGAUCCGGCGCAUGCACAUGAACGGCAGCAAUGUGGAGGUGCUGCACCGGACUUCGCUGAGUAAUCCAGACGGCUUGGCAGUGGACUGGGUGGGCGGGAACCUGUACUGGUGUGACAAGGGCCGGGACACCAUCGAGGUGUCGAAGCUGAACGGGGCGUACCGGACUGUCCUGGUCAACAGCGGUUUGAGGGAGCCGCGCGCUGUGGCUGUCGACGUGCGCUACGGGUACCUGUACUGGUCUGACUGGGGCGAUAACCCCCACAUAGGGAGGAUAGGGAUGGAUGCCACCAACAGGAGUGUUAUCGUGGAGGAUAAAAUCACCUGGCCCAACGGCCUGACCCUGGACUUCAUCAAUGACCGCAUAUACUGGGCCGAUGCCAGGGAGGACUACAUCGAGUUCGCCAGCCUGGACGGCUCCAGCAGACACACAGUUCUUAGCAACGACAUCCCCCACAUCUUUGCCAUGACUCUGUUUGAGGAGUUUAUCUACUGGACUGACUGGGAGACCAAGUCCAUCAACAGAGCUCAUAAGACCCAGGGCACCAACAAGACCACCCUGAUCAGCACCCUGCAUCGCCCCAUGGAUAUCCACAUUUACCACCCCUACCGCCAGCCUGAGGUGCUCAACCACCCAUGCCAGACAAACAAUGGGGGUUGCAGUAACCUCUGCCUGCUCUCCCCUGGAGGUGGCUACAAGUGUGCUUGUCCCACCAAUUUCUACCUGGCCAAUGAUCAGCGUACUUGCAUGUCCAACUGCACUGCCAGCCAGUUUGUAUGCAAAAACGACAAGUGCAUCCCCUUCUGGUGGAAAUGCGACACGGAGGAUGAUUGCGGCGACCGGUCGGACGAGCCCGCAGACUGCCCGGAGUUCAAGUGCAGGCCAGGUCAGUUCCAGUGCGGAACAGGCAUUUGCACAAACCCGGCGUACAUCUGUGACGGAGACAACGACUGCCAGGACAACUCGGAUGAGGCCAACUGCGAUAUCCAUGUGUGCCUGCCCAGCCAGUUCAAAUGUUCCCACCCCAGUCGCUGCAUCCCAGGCAUCUUCCGUUGUAAUGGGCAGGACAACUGUGGAGAAGGAGAGGACGAGAAGGACUGCCCUGAGGUCACAUGUGCCCCCACCCAGUUCCAGUGUGCCAUCACCAAGCGCUGUAUCCCUCGUGUGUGGGUGUGUGACCGCGACAACGACUGCGUGGACGGAUCUGACGAGCCCGCCAACUGCACCCAGAUGACGUGUGGCGUGGACGAGUUCCGCUGUAAAGACUCUGGACGCUGCAUCCCGGCUCGCUGGAAGUGUGACGGCGAGGAUGACUGUGGUGAUUCAUCAGACGAGCCCAAAGAAGAGUGUGCGGAGAGGACGUGUGAGCCCUACCAGUUCAGAUGCAAGAACAACCGCUGUGUGCCGGGCCGCUGGCAGUGUGACUAUGACAACGACUGCGGGGACAACUCGGACGAGGACAAGUGCGUACCGCGGCAGUGCUCCGAGAGCGAGUUCGCCUGCACCAAUGGCCGCUGUAUUGCCGGGAGGUGGAAGUGUGAUGGAGACCAUGACUGUGCAGAUGGAUCUGAUGAGCAUGGCUGUGAUCUCAAGUGUGACAACGACCAGUUCCAGUGUAAGAACGGACACUGCAUCCCCAUCCGAUGGCGAUGUGACGCUGAUGCCGACUGCAUGGAUGGCAGCGAUGAGGAGAAGUGUGGCAGCUCGGCUGGGCGUCUCUGCCCUCUGGAUGAGUUCCAGUGUAACAACACCUUGUGUAAGCCCCUUGCCUGGAAGUGUGAUGGCGAGGACGACUGCGGCGACAACUCUGACGAGAAUCCCGACGAGUGCAGGAAUUUCCAGUGCCCACCCACCAGGGCGUUCCGAUGCCAAAAUGACCGCGUGUGUCUGCAGGUGUCCAAGAGAUGUGACGGCAUCAAUCACUGUGGCGACAACUCGGAUGAACUGAACUGCCCGGCUCCUCCAGCUGUGCCCACAUGUGAGAAGGAUGAGUUCCUGUGUGCCAACGGCAGGUGCAUCAGCUCUAACCUGCGCUGUAACUUCUUCAACGACUGUGAGGACUACGGCUCGGAUGAGAUCGGCUGCAAGACAGACACCAAGCUAAACGACUGUCGGAGUAACAGGACUCAGUGUGGCGAUGGAGAUGAGGCCCACUGUAUCACCAAUGGCACCGACUCCUUCUGUUCUUGCAAGCCAGGCUUCCAGAAGACAGGACACCGCACUUGUGGAGAUAAGAAUGAGUGUCAGCAGUUUGGAGUUUGUUCCCAUGUUUGCAACAACACAAAAGGCUCCUACAAGUGCAGCUGCCACAAGUAUUUCACCAAGAUCAACGACACCUGUAAAGCUGACAACAUGAACAGCAGUCGACAGAUUCUCUACAUAGCCGAUGACAAUGAGAUCCGCAGCCUGGACCCUGGUAUGCCCAACUGGCGCUACGAGCAGACGUUCCAGGGCGACGCCAGCGUGCGUAUAGAUGCAAUGGACCUGCACAUAAAGACCAACCGCAUCUUCUGGACCAACUGGCACACGGGGCGCAUCUCCUCUUACGAGCUUCCAGGGCCGUCUUCAGGCCCGUCCUCCAAUUCUCACCGCAACCGGCGGCAGAGCGAGGGCAGGGUCACUAACCUGCAGAUUCAAGAGCUGAAGAUGCCUCGUGGUAUAGCCGUGGACUGGGUGGCCGGUAACCUCUACUGGACGGACUCUGGUCGAGAUGUGAUCGAAGUGGCUCAGAUGACAGGCCAGAACUGCAAGACCCUCAUCUCUGGCAUGAUAGACGAGCCUUACGCCAUCGUAGUGGAUCCUCAGAGAGGCACCAUGUACUGGGCAGACUGGGGAAACCACCCUAAAAUUGAGACCGCUGCCAUGGAUGGGACUCUUCGACAGACUCUGGUCCACGAGAACAUCCAGUGGCCCACAGGUUUGGCAGUGGACUACUUCAAUGAGCGUCUCUACUGGGCAGAUGCUAAGCUCUCAGUCAUCGGUAGCGUUCGACUGGACGGCUCUGAUCCUGUCAUUGCUGUCUCUGGCAUCAAAAACAACCUUCUCCAUCCGUUCAGCAUAGAUAUCUUUGAGGACUACAUAUAUGGAGUCACGUAUAUCAAUAACUUUGUCUUCCGGGUCAACAAGUUUGGCAAAGGCCCCAUGGAGAACCUCACCACAGGCAUCAACCAUGCCACAGACAUCGUGCUCUUCCAUCGCUACAAGCAGCCGGAGAUGACCAACCCGUGUGACAGGAAGAAGUGUGAGUGGCUGUGUCUGCUCAGCCCCAGUGGACCGGUGUGUACCUGCCCCAACAACUACGUGGCUGACAAUGGAACCUGUGUGGAGAGGCCUGUUCCCACACAGUCCCCAUUCUCUCCACCCUCCGGCCCCUGCACUAUCCAGUGUUUGAAUGGUGGGAGCUGCUUCCUCAACGCACGCCAGCUGGCCAAGUGUCGCUGCCAGCCCAGCUACAGCGGAGAGAGGUGUGAGAUCAACCACUGCAGGGACUACUGCAAGAACGGAGGCACCUGCACGGCCUCACAUACAGGUUCUCCAACCUGUCGCUGCCUGCAGGGUUUCACAGGGCCCAACUGUAACCGCCACACGUGUCAGGACUACUGCGUGAAUGGAGGCAACUGCUCCGUCAGCGCUGGCAACCAGCCAACCUGUAGCUGCCCGCCAGAAUACCAAGGAGACCAGUGCCAGUACAGUAAAUGUGAAGACUUCUGUCAGAAUGGCGGCACGUGCUUACAAACCUCCAACGGUACCAAACUGUGUCAGUGUCCGAAUCAGUAUCAUGGCCAACAGUGCGAGCUAGACAAAUGUCAGUACUGUGGAACGGGCAAGUGCUUGAUAUCACCCUUGGGAGAGGUUUCAUGCAGCUGUCCCAACGGUCAGACCCAGCCCAGCUGCUACACCUGUUUGGACUUCUGCACAAAUGGACAAUGUUCUGUUGACCCUCGCACACUGCUGCCUCAGUGCAAGUGUCCUGUGGGAUGGAGGGGCUACAGAUGCGACAUCACUGCUGCUCCUGUGGACUCUCAUAGCUCUGGUGGAAGCACUGCCUCCGUAGUCAUACCGGUGCUGCUGCUGUUGUUAUUGGCUCUGCUGGUGGUUGGCGCCAUCCUGUGGUACAAACGGAGAAUGCGCGGUGCCAAGGGCUUCCAACACCACAGGAUGACCAACGGAGCCAUGAAUGUGGAGAUUGGGAACCCGGCCUAUAAGAUCUAUGAGGGAGAGCCUGACGAUGAUGCCGGAGAGCUCCUGGACUCAGACUUUGCUUUGGACCCAGACAAGCCCACCAACUUCACCAACCCCGUGUAUGCCACCCUGUACAUGGGCGCCCACAACAGCCGCAACUCUUUGGCCAGCACAGACGAAAAGAAGGAGCUGCUCUCCCAGGGCGAUGAGGACAUGAGUGACCCGCUGGCAUAGAGCUCGGCACGGAUUGAACUCUGCCAACCUUGCCCUGCCCAGCCCAAUCCAGUACUGAGCCGACAAGCUCUCAUCUUAUGCCUUUACCAAUUGAAAAGAAAAGCAACAAAAAAAAAAUGCGAGAACACUGUAUAAAAUGUAUAAAAUGAAGGACUACUUUUUUAUGUGAUUGCAGUAUUAUAUUUUGUUCUUUGACAAAAAAAAAAAAAAAAAGAAAUCCUCUGGUGACAAAAAAGGAACCAUUUUAUAGACAUUUAUUCAGUUCUUCAUUUUAAUUUUGCUCACCUCCUCCUCACGACUCUCCCUCCCCUCUCACCCCAUAUAGCCACUACCUCUGUGCAAAUGUAAAAGAUAGAGAGAGAUACAAACGGCAGUGGAACAAUUUUAAUUUUUUAUUUUUGUAUGAAUUGUAUAGGGAAAAAAAUAGAACAUUGUUCCAUACCAGAAAACGUUGCCAAGUCUUUUGUUGUUUGUGAAAGAUGUUGGAGAGGAGAAGGUGGCAAGUGUCAGUGCUCACUUACGAAUGCUUCCUGGAUGCUGGUUCGGAUCAAUGUGUCACAUUAUGUGUAUAUGUGAGUUUGCUGCUGGAGGUCUAUAGGGAGACCGAGGCUGGGAGGCCUGAGGAUAAGUUGUUUAACUGCACAUGUACACAUGGAGGACUCAGCAUCGCAGACAGUGUCCGCUCUGUUGUCUCAAAGAACUACAUUCAAGUGAUUGUCUUUUUCCUCCUUGCACAGACUAAAGUUAUAUAUAUUUGCAUAUAUAUAAACCUAUUAACAAAGUGUCUUGAAAAUAUACCCAGGAAUACAAACAUCAGUAACAAAUAGCAGUCUGUACUUUUUAACUGUUUUUUAGUCAAUGUAUAAUUGACAUGCUUUGUGUCAGCAAUGAAUGAGUCAAUGGCAGUGUGUGAGUGUGCUGGAUGAAGAUGAUUGUAAUAAAGCCCACAUUCCAGGAUGAACAGUCUGGGAUGGAUAUCUGUGGCCUUGGGUUUUCCGCAGGACACUCUGGAUGGAGCGAGAUUUGCUCUGAAACUGUUCCUAGAGAGCUCUUUUGAGAUUGAAACAAUGUAAGCCUCUGUGAAUUUCCGGUCAUCACUGAAAUGAUCUACUUACAUCAAAUAAUUAGCUGAGAAUGGCUGCAUCUAGCUUUUGUCUCUUGUCUUCUGAUUGUAAAUGUAUUUUCAGGAAAAGCCAGGGAGCCCGUUUGAUGGUACGUACUUCUGUGGGAAAUUGAACUUUGUGAGUUUUCUUUUGUUUUUGUUUUUUUGUUUUGUUUUGUUUUGUUUUUUUAUUACAUGUAAUUACAUGCUCAUGUAAUUUGGGUUAAUGCUCAUUGUUAAGUGCAUUCCUUGGAGGUGGAGCGAUCUGCCCCCUGAUAAGCAUUCCUUUGUUAAUUCCUUUGCCUUGCUGCUAACGCUAGCCAUCUGUCUUUCUGUCAGCCUGGUUUUAGUCUGAAAGUCUCGGUUUGUGUGUCACACACUGCUCACCAUGCUGCUUUUAACUGAGGUUAUCAGCCAUACCUGCCAUAUUACACUGCAUGGUACUCACAUACACACUCACCCUAGAGGAAACACUUUUGGCAUUGCCACUCACUUGUUAACAGUAUUCAUCGAAUUAGUUUUUAAAGAAUCCAGCACAUCUUCAUUUGACCCAUGUAAAUUAGAACAAUCAUUUUUGAGUUGGAGAAACUCUGGUGGCAAACCCACAUGGAUGUUUGUGGUUCUGUUUGUUUUGUUAUGAUUUUAUUUCUUUUUGAUAUAAGAAAUUAAAUGGAUUUUUAUAGUAGA